UGCAACAAACAUCAGGCAUGUUGGUGCUCGUAUGCGCUGCAGUUGCAGUAUUUGCAUGCCUAGUAGUAGUCUUGGUACUAGACCGCAUCUAUAUCGACAUCGAAGGCAAGUAUGUCUUCAUCACGGGCUGCGACUCUGGAUUCGGCAACCUGCUCGCCCGCAACCUGGAUCGACGCAGGGGGUGUCACGUGAUCGCAGCCUGCCUUACAGAGGAAGGCGCUGCUAAACUCAAGCGUGUGACGUCAUCGAGGUUGACUACAUUGCAAUUGGAUGUCACAAGCAGUGAGAGUGUUCGGAGAGCCCGUGAUGCAGUACAAACAAUCAUACCGGAGGGACAAGGGUUGUGGGGCUUAGUCAAUAAUGCUGGAAUCAUCUCCCCUCUGGGACCGUACCAUUGGCUAAACAGGGAGGACAUUGUGAAAGUCCUGCAGGUCAACCUCGUUGGCGCCAUUGAAGUGACUAACACGCUUUACCCACUCAUCCGCGCCGCUAGAGGGCGUAUUGUCAACGUGUCCAGCGCGGUGGCGCUGUUCCCUUCGUCGGGGACCAUAUACACAGCAUCAAAAGCCGCCAUAGAAGCUUUUUCAGACAACAUCAGGUGUGACAUGAAGCAGUAUGGCGUGUCCGUCCACGUUAUCGAGCCAGGGGCGUACCAGGGUACAUUCUCUGAUACAGACGCAAUGAAACGCAGACUGAACACCGCCUGGGAGCGGCUACCGCAGGAAGAGAGGGACAGCUUUGGUGGCGAGAUUGCACGUGAAGCAAUGGAGCUGCUUAUUAUCGAUGCUCUGCGCAUGGCGUCCCCUCAUUUGCAUGAAGUGACGGAUGCCAUGGAGCAUGCGCUCUGUUCCCGGUUCCCAUGGCGACGGUACCUACCAGGACUGGAUGCUAAAUUAUUCUACAAACCGAUGUCUCUCCUUCCCGCCUUUUUAGCGGAUGGUGUUUAUAAUUUCUUGUUUGGACAGGCACUGGAAAACAAAAAGAAAAUUGUAAGGAAGGCCAAAGCGUUGGAGAAAAAAGAUUGAGAUCGUAACAUAAGUUUGGUCUAGCAAGUGCAGUAGCUCAAUGUGAUUACGUUUAAUUUGACAUAAUUGACAGGAAUUGACUCUUACAAGUUAUCUGACAGGAAUUGUAAUCAAACAUAUUAAGGUGACAUCAAGUUAUGUUACUGACACUUUUACGAGCUUAGUCUAUAUACCGUUAAUUGCUUGGUUUACUAUCACAAGCAGGUGUAAGUUAUGUAUAUAUGGACCUUUACCACUUCGCAAUGAGCGAUGUCUAAACGACAGAACAAUGACAACAGGUCAUAGGACUGUACAUUAGAAGCUGAGCCGGAAUAAUUUGUUGGUAAUGAUUCACAAUUCCUAGUACAGUGCUUGAAGAUACUCUGUCACGAAAUUAUGCUGUGAAUAGCAGCCAAUGAAUUAUGCUGCAGAUCGGUGACUACGGGAAACUUUUGAGACGCGUGGGGGCAGCAAACACAACGGUCCUUUUUAAUUGUUGACGUCAUGUUAGCUUAAGUAAGCAUUUCCGAAAAUGAAGAAAACAAUUCAGGCGAUUCACAAUGCAGUGCGCUACCAAGAGUUUGCCAUGGAAAGUCUUUUUUUUUUCAAGUUUACGGUCGACAAAUCAUGGCCCAUUUCAAUGAGUGUCAGUUGACAACUUGAGCUAUUUUGUUUAAGAUUGGGGCAUAGCGUUCUGCCGCCUU